CAAGGUCCGCAGAAAAAAAAUGCCGCGAAACGAGCAUCAUCAAAACGAUGUUUUGUACAUCAUGCAACCAACUAGCAAAAUUUUGCGUGCGAUCGGUGUUUGGCCCUCCAUCCGUAAAGAAAGAUCCGUAUACACGAAUGCUCAAAAUCUCUUACUAAUCUGUAUAUCUUAUACUCUCCUCUCUUCCGAUCUUAUACCCGGUACCCUUUACUGGUUGAUGGGUGGAACGACGCAAGUUCGACUACAGCUGAUUCCUCCUCUUUUCUACGACAUUAUGUCCAUGAUUCAAUACAGUAUCUUCAUAUUUCGCUGUGAUCAGCUCAGGCAAUGCUUGAAGCAUGUUGAGGAGGAUUGGAAGAAUAUCUUCAGCGUGGAUGUACGGAACAUUAUGUUAAAAUCCGGGAGAACGGGGAAGCGUCUGGUUACAAUCUGUGGAAUCUUCAUGUACAGCGGCGCCAUUACUUUCCGAACAAUCCUGCCGCUAGCGCAAGAAAAGAUCGUCACCGAUCAGAAUGUCACGUUGAGAAACUUAGCCUGUCCGGGUUACUUCUUUUCCCUUGACGUGCAAGUCAGCCCUUUUUACGAGACGGUCUUUGUAAUCCAAUUUCUAUCGUCUAUCGUUACAGUCUCGAUCGUGACAAGUGCAUGCGGCCUCACGGCGAUUUUCGUGAUGCAUGCUUGCGGCCAACUGAAAAUCCUUAUCAAUUUGAUGAGAGACCUCGUGCAGAAACAGUGGCAAAAGGAACAUGAAGUGGAUAAGAAACUAGCUGAGAUAAUCGAGCAUCAAAUAAGAGUGCGCAAUUUUUUACGAUUGGUACAACAUACCUUGCAGGAAAUAUAUCUGAUGGAAAUUCUGGUGAAUUCGAUAACUAUCUGCAUUUUAGUGUAUUUUAUGACAAUGGACUGGCAAAAUAGAAAUAUAACAUCUGUAUGUACUUAUUUGAUAAGUAUUGUAAACGUGACAAUCCACAUAUUUCUAUUUUGCUAUACCGGUGAACAGCUUACUAGUCAGGUCAGUCUUAAAAAUAUUAACGUGUUCGAUUUAAACACGCGUCCACUAUAUUUCACGCGCGUUUUGCAUCACGUUUCGUACGACAAAUCCAUAACGUUACAGGUAGUCGUACUAUUUUAUAAAAAUACACUCGCGCUAGAAAUGUACCCAAAUAAAAAUUACACCAACGACAUAAAAUACACUACACAACUAAAUCGCAUCAUUUGCCACCUACUGGGUGUUUGGCCGGAUGCAGAAUUCUCGUUUCUCAAAAAUCUCAAAAGCAAUUCGUUAAUAUUGAGCUGCUUUUUCCUUCUCGGUUGCGAGCUAAUCCCGACAAUUCUGUACGUAGUGUUCAUAGAGAAACGAACUCGCGUCAGAUUGAAGCUUAUAUCAUCUAUACUUUUCACGACAGUUGCGGUUCUCAAGUACUUUUUCCUGGUGCUUAGCAAAAACCAAGUAAGAAAUUGUCUAGCGCAAGUGAAAGACGAUUGGCAAAAUGUCGUGAGCGCGAGGUCUCGUAAUUCUAUGAUUAACAAAGCCAAGAUUGCAAAGCGUUUGCUCGUCCUCUGCGGUAUAUUCAUGUACACCUCUGGCUUGUAUUUUCGUACUAUCGUGCCGCUAAGCAAAGGAAAGUCCGUAACCGAUCAGAACAUCACGAUCAGGCAUUUACCAUGCCCAAGUUAUUAUGUUCUGUUCAACGGGCAAAUCAGUCCCGCGUACGAAAUCAUGUUCUUUAUACAGUUCUUCUCCGGAUUCAUCAAGUACACCAUUACGGUGGCGAUCUGCAGCCUCGCCGCUCUCUUUGUUAUGCAUCUAUGUGGGCAGCUGGAAAUAUUAAUGGCAUUAAUAGACAACCUAAUAAACGAAACGGAAGAAACGAAUUUAAAUAGAAGGCUAGCUUUGGUCGUGGAACAUCAGAUCAAAAUGCGAAAUUUCUUGCGAUUGGUGCAGAACACUUUGGAACAUACGAGCUUGUUAGAAGUAAUGGGAUGUACGAUAGUUGUAUGUCUCCUAGGACACGAUAUUAUCACGGAAUGGGAAGAUCAAAAUGUGAUAUCUAUGUGUUCCUAUAUUAUUCUGCUCACGUCAAUUGGCUUCAACAUUUAUAUUUUUUGUUUUAUUGGUGAACAACUUUCCAUAGAGGGAGAGAAAUUAGCAUUAACAGUAUGUACAUUGGCUUGGUACCGUCUUCCGAAUGCGAAAGCACGAUCACUGAUAUUAAUCAUCGCAAUGUCGAUUGUUCCGAAGAAACUUAGAGCAGGAAAGUUCUUUGAUCUUUCCAUCAGGACAUUCGGUGAUGUUGUUAAGACAGCUGUGACGUAUCUUAAUUUUAUUCGAAAAAUGAUGGAGUAAUAUUUUGAUGCUUUGUACAAAAAUAUCUAACUGUAUAUCUUUAUUGUAGAAAUGUAACCAUUCAGUAGAAAUAUUAAUUAUUUUAGCAGAAGUAUUAACAUAAGAAUAAAAAUAUUAAGCUAGAAAAUGUUAUGUAACACAAAUUUACUCUAAUUUAAACAUACUAUAAAAAAAAUACGGUAUUUUGAAUAUUUUUUAAUUUAUGUACUGGAUCUUCUAUGUGCAUUUUUAAAAGAACACAAGUUCAAAUUACGCUUAUUUUAAAUUAUUGGAUGGGUUGAA